AUGAUUAUCCAAAUGGAAACAUUGAAAUUGGAUUCAAAUUUAAUUCAAAUUUGCUUUGAUGAAGCAGAAAAAGGCCUAAAAAAUGGUGAAGUUCCUGUGGGUUGUUUGUUCAUCAUUGAAGAUCAAAAUGGUGACAAACAAAUCUUGGCUAAAUCACAUAAUCGAAGCAAUGAAUUUAAAAGUGCUUUAAAACACGCUGAAAUCGAUUGCAUUAAUCAGAUUGUUGAUCAAUAUCCGAAAAAUCAUCAUGAAAUUUUCAAAAAAACAAUUGUAGUCUUGACUCUUGAACCUUGUAUAAUGUGUUGUCGAGCUUUGAGACGAUUACAAGUGAAAGCAGUUUUGUAUGGAGCUCAGAACGAACGUUUUGGUGGCGCCGGUUCGGUAAUGUCUGUACAUUCGGAUUCUCGAAUAAAUGAUCCAAUUUUGAAUUGCAUAUCUGGUUCAUUGGAUGCCGAUAGAACUGUGGCAUUAUUGAAACGUUUCUAUGAUCAAACCAAUGAGAAUGCUCCUAAGGAUAAAGUGAAAAUUAAAAAAUCGACUUCCAAUAAUUCAAUUAAUGACGAAUCGAAUAAAAACCUAAUGCAAAAUAGUUCAAAACAAUCAAUACGACCAUCGUCAUCCAAAUGA